CGUAGCUGGGAAACACCGCAGUGCCGUGUGGGUAAUAUGUGUUUUGAGAAAAGACAGUUAGCGUACCCCUCAUACAUGGACGAAUAAGUCGCAAAAUACAGUUUGUUUGACCUUAUUCCGUUAUAUACGUGUCUGUGAACUAUUAAUGCUUUGUCUAUAUUACUAAUAACCGCCACAAAGAGAGGAAUUUGUUUUUUGUUAAUAAUUCGCGAUGCUAAAAUAGGCUAAUCAUGCUAAUUUAGCUGUCCAGACGAAAAGAAACGCACGAGCUGAUAUAAUUUCGUUUGAUCUUUUAGGAUGUAAAGGUGGACAGACGUGACUAGGGAUGCUGUAUUGCACAUUAAUAGUUGAUGUUCCAGGACAUUUAAAGGAAAACCUUUUUUUUUGGGGGGGGUCGACGCUGUGCUAGCUGCAUUGAUUAAUUUGGAAAUAUUGUGAAGCUACAGAAGAGAGAGUAAAAUGGAUGAAAGUGCCAAAAAUGUUGAUAAUGACGUUGUUAUUAUCGUGGAAAACGAGGCCGAAAGUCUUCCGGCAGGAGAUAAUAAACUCAAACAGCAAGGCGCCUUCGGGCUUAUGGACACAUGUCCCAUCUGCAAGCUGAGCUUCCACAACAGAGAGCCCAAGCUGCUGCCGUGUCUCCACUCCUUCUGCAAGAGGUGUCUGCCGCCGCCAUCCAGGAGCACCGAGCCGCCGAGGCGAGAGCCGCAUGGUCCAGGUGCCAUUCAGUGUUCAGUGUGCAGACAAGAAUGCUGGGAAAUUGACAUUUUGGACAAUUUCUUUGUCAAGGAUUCUGCCGAGGUGCCCAGCAGCACGGUGGAGAAGCCCAGCCAGGUGUGUAUGAGCUGCGAUGAUAACACAGAGGCAACGGGGUACUGUGUGGAGUGUGUGGAGUUUUUGUGCGUGACGUGCAUCGAGGCACACCAGAGGGUCAAGUUCACCAGAAGCCACACCAUACGGCAGAAAGAGGAGAUGUCUCCAGAAGCAUUGGGCAUUUCUUCACAGAAGCCUGUUUUUUGUGACGUCCACAAGCAGGAGCCACUGAAGCUCUUUUGUGAGACAUGCGAUCGGCUCACCUGUCGAGACUGUCAGCUCCAGAAGCACAAGGAUCACAACUACCAGUUUUUGGAAGAUGCUUACAAAAAUCAUAAGCAGUAUUUGGAGACCAUGACUCAGCAGCUGCAGGACAAACGAAAGGCCAUUGAGGAAGUAUCAAGCUGCAUCAACAAUGGAUUGCAGCAAGUUGAAGAAAACCGUAAGGCUGUGACAAAUGAAAUAAAGAAGUCCAUCUGUAACCUGAUCAUGGAGAUCAAUAAGAAGGGAAAGAUUCUGAUUAAUCAGCUUGAGGCUUUGACUAAAGACCAUGAGCUGGCUCUGAAGAAGCAGCAGGACGAUGUCAACGUUCUCACCAGGCAUUUGGACCACGUGAUCAGCUUCACUAAGUGGGCCACGGCGAGUCACAGUGGAACAGCUCUCCUGUACUGCAAGAGACUGAUUCUUUACCAGAUCCAUUACCUGAUGAGAACAAGCUACAGCCCCUCCAUCGUUCCUCAGAGCUCUGUUCGCUUUCAGUGCCGCUCUGGUUUCUGGGCCACGAAUGUAGACCUCGGGUCACUGGUUGUAGAAAGAUGCCCGGGGAGGCCGUCCAUCACCAACCACCCUGUCGCUCCCAGACCAGAGGUUCCAACUGGGGGUCUUUCUGUCUCCUCACAGCAACAACAGCAGCAGCGACAGAGUACUCUGGCUCAGCUACAGAUGCAGGUUGACAAGCUUUCCCAUCAGCCUCACAGACAGUCUGCUCCUAACCACUGGUCCUGGUACCAAAACGUCCGACUCCCUGGACCUGCUGGACCACCGCCGCCAACCAGACCCAUCCAUGGAGGUUCUUCGCCAUCCCAAGGUUCCCCCAGCAUGACGCAGCCCGGGCGCAGAUUUGGGAACAUCCAUUCCAACCCGAGAAGCCCCCCUCCGAACAUGCUUCCAAACCCAAGCUUCACAGCGUCACAUACUCUCAGAGAGCUGAUCCACAGUUCCGCUUUCCCCCCUAAACCCAUUGACGUGUCGCAGGGCAUUUCUCGCUACCCGCAGCCUUUGACAACCGGAGCAACCACACAGACUUCACUGCAGCAGAGAUUUAUACCCGAGUCCUCCUUUCUAAAGAGGAGUGAAGUUGGCGGAUCCGUCUCCACCAUCAACAUCUCUGUUCCCAAACCCAGCUUGGGACUGAAUCUGGCCUCAGCAGCUGCAGAUAAAAGUGCACUGGGUCAUUUGACAGCUCACGGAAGCCAGAACUCCCCUAUGGCGAAGCCGUCCUCUUCGGACAGGAGCACAGGGUUAAGUUCCUGGAAGCAGACUUCUGAGCCGCUGUCAGCACCUGCCUCUAAACGGCGAAGGCGGGCAUCCCCGGGGCCCAUUAUUGUCAUCAAGGACGAACCAGAGGAUGAUGAUGAAGUUCGCUUUGUGCAGUCCAGUGUCGGGUCGAGCCUGCCUGACAGCAGCACCGGCGCUCAGUCCAAGCCUAGGCAGCAGCAGAAAGGUCUUUCUGCGGCCACAGUCCCUGCCUCAGACUCCAAAAGCUCUUGUCCUCAGACCCAGUCAAAGCACGAGUCUGAAAAGAAAACGGAACAUGAAGAGGACCCUAACGAUGACUGGUGUGCCGUCUGUCAGAACGGAGGAGAGCUGCUGUGCUGUGACAAGUGUCCCAAAGUUUUCCAUUUGGCCUGCCACAUUCCCACUCUGAAUGAGUCCCCUAGCGGCGAGUGGUUCUGCUCGUUCUGCCGAGACCUGGACUCCCCUGAGAUGGAGUACGACUGUGACAAACGGGACGGCCCGGACUCAGAAAAGUUCCCAGCUGUUGAUAGAAGGAAGUGUGAGAGAUUGCUCCUACGCCUGUUCUGUAAUGACUUCAGCACUGACUUCCAGCAGCCUGCAUCUCCAUCGGAAACCCGAAAGUACAAAGAGCUAAUUAAGACGCCGAUGGAUUUAUCAAUCGUGAAAAAGACGCUGGAAGCCAAAAAGGAGGGUGAAAGUUACGUCGGUCCUGAGGGGUUUGUUGAUGACGUCAGGCUCGUAUUUUUCAACUGUGCAAAGUACUACAAGUCAACUUCUGAGGUGGGGAGUGCCGGGUUGUACCUGGAGGACUACUUUGAGGAGCAGCUGAAACUCGUCUACCCAGACAGAGUCUUUCCCGGAGGGAGGGAGGAGCAGAUGAUUCCCCCGUUAGAGGACGAGAUUGAAGAAGAAGAGGAACAAGCGACGGAGGGAAACGCGGCUCCCGCUGAAGACAAAAAGUCGUCAAGUCCUCCAGAAAAGGGAAACGCUACCGUGGAAGCAGAAGCAGAAGAAGCUCCAGCCGAGAGCGAGAUGUCAGACCCGGUGAAGGCUGAAACAAGUGAGGAGACGAGCGAGGUUGUAGCUAAUGCAGAGGGAGGUACCGGUAGGCCUCCUGCAGAGGAGGAAACUCCAGGUGAGACGACUCAGGUGGAAAACUGCGACGAUAGUGAAGCUAAAGAUGGAGUAGCGUCUAGCUCUUUAACAGACGAGAGCCCUCAGCUCCCUGCAGACAAAACCGUGGACCCUCUUGACUCUUUGGAGAAGUCGGGCCCCGCAGCCCCAGAGGAGUCUGGAUAAACGGAGCAGAUCGGAGACAAAAUGGAUGGUUAGUCUUCCACAGACGUGGGCUCACAUUAGCUGCAAUCAGAGUUUUCAUGUUCAAACGAAUCAGAGCUACAUGAACACUUGAGUAGCAGUUAUUCUGUAAAUGCACAACAAAGGAAGUCUUUGUGUUUUUAUUUCAGGUGACGACUGUAAAACAUUCUGCAUUGAUCAUGUAUAAGUUAUGGAUUACCUUGCUUUGUACAUAGUUUCAUCCCUUGAAAGCGCAGAU